UAAGAACUACUUUUCGUACAUCGAGCCGGAAGACUUUACGCAACCUAUUUGUUGUCCUUGGAUACAGGUGCUUGAUGUUCUGAGUGAAAGCAAAACGCGGUUUCCCAAAAUAUUCACUAAUCGUUCUACAUAACCGUCAAGAUACCACGAAAAAAGGAAUCCUACAUCCGCGUCCGUAGCGGAAAGAUGAGUACGGAGGAUGCAAAAACCUACUUGUCUAAGCGAGAGAUUCCUCGCUUGUUUGAGAGUUUGAUGACUGGUCUUAUGUACCACAGACCAACAGAUCACAUAGCUUAUCUGAUAGACUGUCUAGCUAAGGUCAAGGACAAAGGUCAAGAAAACUUGGCAUGGAAUUCAUUUGUGGAAGCAAAGAGAGCAAAGACUCCACUGCCCCCUAUAACUCCAGAUAAUGGAAAGCGUCCAAAAUCCAGGUCGAAAACACCAGCAAAAAUAGACUCUGAGAGAAGUAGCACACCAGUGGACAGACAAAGGUCUAUCACACCAAUUGAUAGAAAAGGGUCUGUAACCCCAGUUGAAAGACAAAGGUCUUUAACACCUAUAGAUAGGAAAGGGUCCGUUACCCCAAGUGAUAGUAAAAGGAAACAGGAAUCACCUGUUCCAUUGGAAGAGAAGAGAGGAACACCACUGCCACCUAUUGCAGAUCCAGCUGAUUCUGCUAAAAUAAAUGACAAAGUCACAUCAGACACAAAAGCUAAAACUGUGGACAAGGCUGACAUUCCUGAUGUUCCUAUUGUAUUUAUCAUGGGAGGUCCUGGUUCAGGAAAACUGACACAAGUAACCAGCUUACUGAAGUUAGCAGAAGGAUGGGUUCAUUUGUCUAUGGGAGAUAUCUUACGGAAUGAGAUCGCACAGAAAGGCAAGGCUGAGGAUAAAUGGAGUAUGAUAGGAGAUCUAGUAUCAAAAGGAGAAAUGGCACCAGAGGAAGUUACAGGAGAACUACUUUUGGAUUCAUUCAAACAACACAAGAACGCCAAGGGAUUCAUACUAGAAGGGUACCCAAGAGAUAUGGAUCAAGUCGAAGAGUAUAUGAAAGUGAUUGGCAAGGUGAAUGCAGUUUUCUAUUUGGAUUGUGAGGAAUAUUAUUGCACACAAAGACUUCUACACAGAGGACAAAAGACAGAUAGAAUUGAUGAUAAUUUGGGGGCCAUCUCAAAGAGGAUAACAUUCUUCAAAGACAACACAUUACCCGUGGUGAAAUACUAUGAUGACAUGGGAAGAGUGUUUGUGGUAAAUGGAGACAGAGACACGAAGGAGAUUGCAUUUGAAGUAGGAAAUUUGUUCAAAUUCCUUAAAAAGAACAAUUUUGAACUGAAGAAUGCUAAACCAUUGACUGCUCCACCCCCACAGAAGAAACGAGAACGAAGGCCUUCUACGCCUAAACAAAAAGACAAUAAGGACAGUAAAGUUAAACCUGAAGAUGUGAUUGUACCAUUAGCUACAAGACCUCCAACUAUUGAUGUACCAGACACAGGGAGAAAAGAUGGAUUACCUUCAUGUCCUAUCAUAUUAAUUGUUGGUGGACCUGGUAGUGGUAAGGGUACACAAUGUAAAAAGGUUUGUGAACGAUAUAAGGAAGUUGUCCAUCUUUCUAUGGGAGACAUAUUACGUAACCAAAUUGCUACACAAGGAUCAGCUGAUGAGAAAUGGGGUAUGAUUGGUACUUUAGUGCAGAAAGGUGAAAUGGCUCCACAGGAAAUAACAGCUGAACUCUUGAUAGAACAAAUAAAAAAGAACAAAGAUGCUGCAGCUUUCAUUGUUGAGGGAUAUCCUAGAGAUAAACUACAAUUGGAAGAAUUUAAUAAACAUAUUGGUGGAUUAAAUUUUGCAAUAUUAUUAGAUUGUGAAGAAUAUUACAUGCAGAAACGGUUACUUGACCGAGGAAAUGCCAGCGGUCGUAUUGAUGAUAACUUAAAUGCCAUACAGAGUAGGCUAACAUUCUUCAAGAAUAACACAUUACCCAUAUUAAAACAUUUAGAUGACCAAGGAAAACUUGUAGCAAUUGAUGGAGACAGAGACUUAGAUGAAAUAUCCUACAACAUCAGUCAAGUUUUAGAUUUUGCAUUUUUUGGCAGAAAGCCACAGGCACCAGGAGCUGAAGAAGCUUUAAAGAGCACCAAGGUGGUUUUUGUUCUAGGUGGUCCUGGCAGUGGCAAGGGAACACAGUGUAAGAAAAUUGUUGAGAAAUUUGGCUAUACACAUCUUUCAACUGGUGACCUCCUUAGGGCAGAGGUUGCAUCAGGGUCAGCACAAGGGAAGAAACUUACAGAAAUAAUGGAGAAAGGAGAACUAGUGCCCUUGGAAACAGUCCUUAUGUUGUUAAAGGAUAAUAUGAUUGCGAGAGCUCCAACCAGUCGAGGAUUUCUCAUUGAUGGAUAUCCUAGGGAAAUGGAACAAGGAGUUAGAUUUGAAGAUGAGGUUAGAGAAAGUGACUUUUUAUUGUAUUUGAAUGUUUCCGAGGAGAAGAUGACCUCUAGACUUCUGGGAAGAGCACAGACAAGUGGAAGGGUUGAUGAUAACGAAGAAACAAUUAAACAAAGACUGAAGACUUUCAGUGAAAAGAAAAAUGCUAUAAUGGAAUACUACAGCAAGGAAAAUAAAGUGGAAAUGAUAACAGCAGAGAAAUCAGUAGAUGACGUUUUUGCAGAGGUUGUGAGAGCAUUUGAAAAUAGAGGGAUUACAGCCGCUUCCAAGCAGAAAGAGAAGUCCACAGGCGGAUUAAAGGAUGCUAAAGUUCUAUUCGUUAUUGGUGGACCAGGCAGUGGUAAAGGUACACAAUGUGCGAAGAUUGUGGAAAAGUACGGCUUCUGUCACCUGUCUUCAGGAGAUUUACUACGAGCUGAGGUCCAAUCAGAAUCUGACCGAGGAAAGCGUCUCAAUGAAAUAAUGGAGAAAGGUGAACUGGUUCCUUUAGAUGAGGUAUUAGCUUUACUUAGAGAUGCUAUGGAGAAAAAAGUAUCAGAAGGAGUCAAAUGUUUCCUCAUUGAUGGAUAUCCAAGAGAAUUGGAACAAGGAGAAAGAUUUGAAAAAGAGGUGGCAGGGUGUACUGGUGUAUUGUAUUUUGAAGUAUCAGACGACACUAUGACACAAAGAUUGUUGGAACGUGGAAAGACAAGUGGCCGUGUAGAUGAUAACGAAGAGACAAUUAAAAAACGAUUAGAAACCUUCCAUAACCAAACAAAACCAUUGAUCGAUCAUUAUAAAGAGAAAAGUAACAUUAUUAAAGCGGAAGGAACAGUAGAUGAAAUUUUCACAGAAGUUCAGAAAUACAUGGACUCUAAAAAAUGGUAGACAUAUUGAAUUUGGCUCAUAUAUAUUAACAUUCAUUUCAUAAGUAAGGAAGUAGACAAAGAAAAAGUUGUACGUUAUAACUGGCAUUACAAAUGUAAAACUAUGACUGGCUAGAUUCUAUAUACAGUGAAACCAAAGGAACUGAACUUUUUGCUAAGAGUAGACAUUUUAUCAGUUUAUGCUGGUUUGAUAACUGUAUAUUAAUAAUUGUUUUUCCUGGUACAUAAGUUUUGUAAAAACAGUUUUUAAGUUUAUGGAGAAUUCAGUUGAGUCAGGUUACCCUAGUACAGUUUAUUAGACUAAUGUUUAAGUUGAAAGCUACUUGGGGUAAUUUAGUAAGUUUUUACAGUAUAAAGUUUGUAGGUGUUCGCACACUUCAUUGCUCCUGGUCUGCUGGAACGAAAUUUUAUUUAGAGUUAUUUUAAAAUUGUUAUGCAUUGAAAUCACAAUUUUUUAAUUUUUUUAAAAGAAAAUGACCUUAAAAUCGGUUUUCAAAAACGCAACAUAAGGAAAUGUUUUGUGCUAGAUAAAAAUUGUUAUUAAGGUAGAAUUCAAAGCUUAAUGUAGCACUGUAUUGAUUUAAUGUUUGUUUUUUUUUACAUUUUUUUGUAAAAUGACAUUAUAAUGCUUAUUGACUUAAAGCUUGAUUUGACCACAAAACAAAACAAAAAAAAAACACCAAAAAAACUGCUUCAAAUAUAAUGAACCCUGCAUUUAUUCUAUCCAUGAAAAUGAAAUGUUGAUUGCAUCAAGAUGUGCUGUAAUAAUUGUGUGCAAAAAUGUUGUAGACAAGAGUUGUGCUAGAAAUCCUCAAGGAUCAUACAGCAGGAGGUAUAUAAUUGCAUGGGUGGACAUCAAAUUAAAUUCAAUCUUAUGCAAAAUGAUAAAAAAAUCAUCAUACAGAACCAUCAUUUGGGUAACUCUAUCCCAUAUUUAAAAAUGUAUAAUUUGAAGAAAAAAUAUGUAAUUUUUUGUAUUUGAGUAAAAUUUUCCAAACACUUAAAAAAUUUAGGAAAAUAUUGAUCAUAAACAAUUAGUGGAAAAACUACUCUUUCAUUUGGAAAAAUAAUCCUUGCAUAAAAUAUUGACUAUGCUGGAUAAAAAAGUUGUUUUCAGUGUAUAUGUUAUUCAAAUAUUUCAAGAAAAAGGCAUAUAUUUUCCAAAACCACCCCUUUCUUAUUUAAUUUAUUUCCAUUUUCAUGUAUUUUUUGUCUUAUUUAAUUUUUCCAUUGCUUUGUUAUUUAUAUAGUACUUAUGUCAUAAUUUUCUGUGAUAUUUAAAGGCAUUUUGUUAUUUACUGUUAGAUGUUAGUUUUUACUAUUUAUUAAAAUAAUAAGGCUGUCCCAUUAAGCUUGUAUUUAUCUGUACAUAGUAUUGUAUUACUAAGGGGUAUAAUUUCAUUGAUCUUGCUUCAGAAGUAAUAUCAUUGGAAUAAAGAUAAGCAACUUUAAGUGUUAUCUGUUGUUGCAAGAUAGUUGAUGAUUCACAGUGUUAUCUCCCUUGAUCCAGGUCCCUUUAUACUUGUUUAUAUAUAAUUAUUAGGAUGUGAUGUGUACCAUUGUUUUAAUUUGGUAUGAUUCUUUGUUAAAGAUUGUAAAAAUCCCCCCUACCCCCCUGAAAAAAAGAAAAACUAAAAAAAACAAAAGCAAUUUGCACACAAAACUAAGGAUAACAAAUGUGUUAAACAUCAUGCUUUCCAAACUUUAAAUCAUUAGUUUAGUUUAAACAUAUUUAUUUAUAGUGGAUUGGAAAACAAGUUUUGCAACUUAUAUUUAUCCCUUUCCACUUUGGGGGUGCGAGUACUGCCUUGAAGUGGCAUUAGCCUACUCUUUUUCGAAAUUUACAAGGGUGUCUUUAACGUGCAAGAGAUAUGACUCUCUUAACACAGGUCAGCCAUUUAUCGUUCCCUUCUGACAAACUAUCUUUGUUUCCUCAAGACUAUACUCGCAAAAUCAUUGCUGAAUAAGGCAUUAGAUAUUAUGAUUGUGUCCCUUGUCUGAUGCUGGUUCUACUCUAGAAUACCAUGAGAAUAUCAUUAACUCCUUAUUUAUCAAAUAUGACAGUUAUAACACAAUAAGAUCCCAUAUUUAAGAAGACUUCAAUAAAAAAAUAAUCUGAAUAAAAGAAAAUGAUUUGCUAAGAGUCACAUAGUAAAUAUUCUGUCACUUAUUUUAUCAUUCAUGUAGGAUCCUUCUAACCUCAAGAUUCUUCCUUGUGAGGUAAUAAUUUGUUUGACAUCACUAAACAAUAGUAGCUUUAUUAUUUAUUUAGCGUAAUCACUUUUCAGGUAAAUGGGCCAAAUAUAAAUGCGUCACCACACCUAAUUAUUGAGCUGAAAGAAAGUAUUUACUGGUUUUAUUAAAUUUAAGAUUUUCAAACAAUAAAAAAUAAAUAAAAGAAAAUAUAGAUGAACUUUGCUACAAGUACUAACCUAUUUAUACAUUUGCAAUAAAAAUCAAUUUUGUCAGGGAAGUCAACUUUUGCAUUUUUUUUUAAUUUAGGGGAUUAGUUUAGCUAUUUAUUAUAUUUACUAUGAAUCAACCAACUUUUACACUCUUGUAUGCCUCAGUUAUAUUUUCGUUUAGAGAAACAUAUCAGUCUUGCAGUAGGACAAUUUAUAUUUUUGGUCUUCUGCAUCUCCAUUGUUCAGUUAUAGAGUUGUGAUAUUACUAUGCAUCAGCAUUGACUUAAAAAGGAAUUUUGAAAAUUUUUCUUUUGUUAUUUUCUCACUUUAAAUCCUAGAGAGGUGAGAGCUCUGUUUCUAUCCCAACAUCCAAAUGUAUGUAUUUUACGUUUUAUUUAUUUUUUGUUAAUCUGUGUAUUUGAUAUUGAUCAUUAGAUCUGUUAUUUUUGUUUAUCUUUAUUUGUUUGUAUUCUUGCUUUCAAUAUACACUGCCUUAUGAAAGUAUCUUAUAGUAAUAUAUAAUAUCUUUAUAAUAUUUCAUGAAACAAUGUUGCAUUUUCUAGUUACUGAUGAACUGGUAAAUUUUCUUGAAUAGACUGGAUUAUCUCCCUUUUUACUUGUAAAGAUAUUUCUAUAGAUUAGUAAAAAAAUCAAUUUUACAAACACAUAGAUUUUUUUCUGCUAGAUUAAUGCACCCUGCUAUUUUUAAAAAGAACAUUUUUGAUUUAGUAAAUGGCGUAGUAGGAUUAGACUUUGGGAAAAUUUCAUUCCAAAUUAAGAUAUAUUUUAGAUAACAUAAGCAUGCUUGAUGCUUCCUAUUGAAAUGUACCCCUAAACCCCCAAAGAAGACAACUCCUGAAUUUAGGUGUAAAAUGAAAUUAAAGAUUAUAUUUAGUUUAAAUGUAAACUUUUAUGGUAACCUAGAUAAGAUGUUAGAGCACCAUAUCAUAAUAUGGCUUAUUUGAAAUUGAUGAUCAAUCUAUCUUCUUCAUGUAUUUUGUAAUGCCAAUUUUUUUUUUUUACAGCAAAUGAAAACAUUACUUGUUCAUGAAUAAAAAAAUAUUUUAUUGAUAUUG